AUGGUUUGGUUGCCCUCUGUUGGGAGCUCUUGGCACGGCGCCAACCUCUUCGCCUCUCUCCUCUUGGCUACUGCUUCCCGUGCCAGCCCACUGCCCCUCAAUGAGACGCUCACCGUCUCAAUUCCCUCAUAUGGCUCAUUUACCGGCACAACACUGAACUCUACGACUUCGGGAUACCCCCUCUCAAAGCCGGUUCAUGCUUGGUACGGUAUUGACUACGCGACUCAACCAAUUGGUGACCUGCGCUUCUCGGUUACAGGUUGGCCGCCGGCUUACAAUGGGACUCGCGAUGCUAAGGUCUAUGGUAAAGUCUGCAUUCAAGAGCCGGGGAAUUCGAAUCUGGUGACCUACAUCAAGACUGAUUUGGAGUACGGCGAGGACUGUCUGAACCUCAAUGUUUACAGACCAGCUGGGGUUAGCAUCGAGGAGAAGCUGCCUGUUUUGAUUUGGAUCCAUGGCGGUCUGUUCCGCAAUGGAGCUGGUAUUAUAUUUGAUGGCGCGUCAUUUGUAGCCUCAUCACCUGAACCUGUGAUGGUCGUCACGUUCAACUACAGGCUUGCUGCUCUCGGGUUUCUCGCAUCACCUCUCCUUGCAGAUCUCGACUUGGUGAACUUGGGCUUGCAAGACCAACACCAGCUUCUUCGCUUUGUCCACAAGUACAUCUCAUCAUUCGGCGGAGACCUUGAUCGUGUCACGCUGGGUGGAAAGUCCGCCGGUGCCCACUCAGUCGGUUUCCACUACCAAAACCCCUUCGCUGAGGGCGAGAAGCUUUUCCAUCAAGCCAUCUUCCAGUCUGGUGGCCCAACUGGACGAUCUUUCCCAAAUGCUUCUGAGCCCAUUAUUGUCAAGCAGUACGAGCAGUUCCUUGAAAGAGUAGGAUGCCAGGAUGACGGCGUUGCCGAGGACCUGUUAGCCUGUUUGAGACAAGUCGAUGUGGAUCUCAUUGAGCAAACAUCUACGGCGCUACUGGCUGAUUACCGGUACAACGGAACCCAUCCCUUCCAAGCCGUCUCGGGCGCUGCCAUUAUUCCUCGUCUACCGUCAGAGACUUGGGAAUCUGGGGAGUGGAAUCACGUCCCAGCUCUCACCUCCUUCAUCACCGACGAAGGAAGUAUGUACGCACCGACAAAUCUUACCACCGACGAACAAGCCUGGAGUUGGUUGGCCAAUCUGUAUCCGGGUCUUGACAGCAGCGAUCGUGAAGCAUUCUCUCGGUUAUACCCUGAUCCCCAAGCCUACUCAAGUUCUCCUUACGUGGAUGCUCGUGGCCAAUCCGCGCAGUUCACACGUCUCACCGCAGUCUACGGCGAUACUUCUUAUAUCAGUGCCUCUCAAGAGAUCGCAUCUCGUCUUUCUGCGGCUGAUAUUCCCGUCUGGAAGUUGCAUUGGAACACCAAUAACAGCAUCACCCCUUACCUUGGCAUUUCUCACGGCUCUGACGUCCCAUACGCAUGGGCUGAACCUGACACGCAGUAUCCAGAAGCCGGAAAGAUACUUGCCAGAUACUAUGCCAGUUUUGUGGUCAACGGUGAUCCGAACGCCCUCAAGGCGUCGCCUGCAGCUGAGUGGAGUUUGUACUCGAAACCAGGAUCAGAUGGCCUGGGGUGGCAAGUGAAUGUCAGCCCCAAUGGAACAUGGCUGGAGGAGGAUAGUAUCAGAAGGGAGGCCCUUGAGUACUGGAGAUCAAUUCCGGUGAAGCUGAACCAUUAA